AUAAAUUAAAAAAGCCCUUUAGUCGUUUAAAUAAAUGUAUAUUUACACGGUACACUGCAGAACAAUAUUCAUGCACUGGCUAUAUACAGCGGUAUUUCAAAUGAGCCGGUAUAUGUACACUGCGCAGUGAUCAGACUAGUAAUCUGUGUGUUAACAUCACGGUAACACGACAGGACCAGCACUUGAUGUAUUAUGUUCCCAAAUGUAACCCUCAGUAUGGAGUCGAGCCGCACAGACAAGCAAUGUAGUCGCUCCCUAAUUAAUGAAAGUUUUCGGGCAUUUUGUAUACUGUGGCGUGCUGUCGGUCCAGUUAAACAAACAAACCAUUUGGAAAAGCGCACUACGCCAGUCCCGGGUCUCCGCCCCGAGGCACGGCUCCGCUCUCUCCAUUGGCUCGCUCGAGUUUGCGCGCAGCGUGUCCGACAACAUAAGCCCGUGCCACGGGAGCGCAGAAGGGUUAAUUCUGCAGCUCCAAUGAAGAUAAGUGCGAUUGUAUUGCUCACACAAAGGCCUAUAUAUAGAAGUGCAUUGAUUCAUUUCAUUCCUUAAAUAGAAAUAUACACAUAGGCCUGUCAUUUAUUUUGCGGUUAAAUACUGCACAUUAAAAUUAUUUCAGCGAUAGUUUGGGGAAAGUUUUUUUUGCUUUUCGUUUUUUGGUUUGUUUUUUUAAUAUGCAGCUGAAGUUCGUGCCGCUCUAGCUGAAGUAAGAAACCAUAUCGUUUUAAUUUGGCAUUUAGCGAGCGGGCAAUGGGAUCGUUUUAAAUAUCGAAUUGAAUUUGAAGCGGAUAAUUGAAUUAGCUGUUUUAUUUCGUGUGUGGAGGGGGGUGGGUUUGUCUGUUUCCAGGCAUCUUUCAAUAUGAAUUUAAUUGGGAGCUGCCAGCACCACCAUAUGAUGCACGAAUCGUUUCCGUUUGUUCAGCGCUGUCGCCAGGAGAACCCCUAUUUCCAGAGCUGGGUACUGAACCACGCAGAGGUCUCCCCGGACUUUCCGAUCCAGCCUCCCUACAGCGCGGAGUUCGAGGUUCCGGGUGCUGUGCAGGAUCACAGCCAGUUGGAAGCACUUUCGGGGCGGCUGGGGAAGAGGAGAGGAGCCGGUCCCAAGAAGGAAAGGCGGAGGACUGAAAGCAUCAACAGCGCGUUUGCAGAAUUAAGAGAAUGCAUUCCAAACGUGCCCGCUGACACCAAACUGUCAAAAAUCAAAACCUUAAGACUCGCCACCAGUUAUAUUGCAUACCUAAUGGACGUGCUGGCCAAGGACUCUCUCUCCGAGGAAACGGAGGGCUUCAAGGCUGAAAUCAAGAGAUUCGACAACAGAGACACGAAAAGAAAACGAGAACCGAGCGAAGUCCAUCCGGGAUCGCUGGUGAACGGAAAGAAGCUGAAAGGCAGGACGGGCUGGCCUCAGCAGGUCUGGGCUCUGGAACUCAACCAGUGACGUGUGAGGGAGAUCUCGAGCCCACAUUUCACAUGGACUCCGAUAGAAUCCACCAAGACAAGCAGACACUGCAUCGACGGGGAAUACAAGCGCGCACGCACGUGUGCGCAAUGAGAUACACCGGCACGUAGAAAUGUCACGCCAAACCAAGCAAUACACGAACACAGACAAGCGUGCAAGCAUCGACCACCUAACACGGAGCACUAUGAAUACACAGGUGAAGAAACCCACAAGGAGGAGAACACUUCAUUUACUCUCACCUUCAGUUUCAAAAGACUGAAAAUGCACGCUGCGCAUUCCAUUGGUUUGGGUUUCUUUUCGGUUUUAUACUAAAAUGUUGCAAGGACUUCAUUGACAAUAUAAUUGUUAAAAUGACAGGAUGCUGGAUGUUUGCAGAAUGAUUGUUCUUCAGAUGUAUAGUCUUCUCACUUUAGCAUUAGACGAUGAUGAUUAUUGAUAUUGUGAUUAUUAUAUUUGAUCAUCCCGGCGCACUGAAGCCCCGUUGUCGCAGCCGAGCGACGUGUUUGUUGUACUGUAUGCUGUUGCUGUUCAGUGUCCAGAUCUACCUCCGGUUUGUUACUCCACAAUUAUUAGAAAAUAAAGCAAAUAAAUACGA